CCUGAACUGAGCCGUCAAAAUUAGCGGAACCAAGAAAAGAAAUCACACCUUAGAACAAGAACAAAAUUACCGAAGAGAAGUGAACCAAAUUCUAAUCAAACCUUCUGCCCAAUCCCCCCGUUCGUCUCCCGCUGCCAUGGCUUCUCUUCCACCACUCGCCCCAUCAUCCACCGUCGCCCCGCCUCAGCUCCGCCGUCAGCCCCCUUCCUAUCUCAGCGUGAAACCCAACUCCGGCGAAACGUUUCUCAGCCGCCAUGGCCGAUUCACAAGAACAACAAGACCCAACCUAUCUACUUCCGAAUCGAAUGUUGCUGCGGCAGUCGCUGCCACUCCCAGUCCCAAAAUCGAUUAUGGAGUCGUUGGAGUUCACCACGUCGGGAUCCUGUGCGAAAACCUCGAGAGGUCGAUCGAAUUCUACCAGGGGAUGUUGGGUCUGGAGAUAAACGAGGCGAGGCCUCACGACAAAUUGCCAUACAGAGGCGCUUGGCUGUGGGUGGGCGCCGAGAUGAUCCACCUGAUGGAGCUCCCCAAUCCGGACCCUUUAACCGGACGCCCUCAACACGGCGGCCGCGACCGCCACGCCUGCCUCGCCAUUCGAGACGUCUCCAAGCUCAAACAGAUCCUUGAUCAAGCUGGACAUCCUUACACGCUUAGCCGGUCCGGGAGGCCUGCAAUCUUCACGCGAGAUCCUGAUGCGAAUGCGCUGGAGUUCACUCAAGUCGAUUAACUCCUGAAUGCCAUUGGAAUUUUCAUAUGGAUGUAUGUAGUAAUCUGGAUAAAUGCAGAGUAGAUGAAUUAUACAGCGCUGUACAUAGAACCACUUCCCCCCUUCAAAUAUAAUGCACUUCUCUUUUUCCCCUAUACAUGUUGUGUGUUUUGAUUUUCUUUAACUAGUUCUGUUCGGAUUUCCCCAAGUGUGUUGUGUAUGUGUAUGCAGUAUGCUGUACAUUUGUGCUGAUAACAGUCAUCAUCAACUUCUAAGAG